CCAGUCCGGGUUUUGCCGUCACCGCCUCUUCCUCGGCGGCGCAGCCAAAGACUCCCGGGCUCCUCGCUCAUCGAGGGGUGUUCAAAUCUCAGCGAGGGAAGCAAGGAAGGAAGGAAGGGGCUGCCGAAGAGGGAGCGGGGAAGGGCGCAGUCCCACUUUAGCCCGGGAUCAUCUAUGGCUAGAGGCAGCCAGCAUGCGCUGGGAUUCUGCUUGUCUUUGAAUCUCCAUGGCAACAGCCCAGGCCUCUCAUAUGACCUGUGACCUCGGCCAUUGUCUCUUUGAUCCUUACUCUCUGAAUUCGGGGCCCGACACAGAUUGCAACAUGGGCAGCGUGGGGAGCCUUGUUGAAAAGCAGGAUUUCUCAACAUCUGCACCCGGAGGUCUGCGGGGGAUGCGUCAGCCGGAUGGGUUGCUUCGUAAAGGAAUGUCCCAAAGGGAAGUCUUUGGCUACUUGCACGGGGGCAAACGGGACGCUCGGUCAGAAAAGAAGCACCAGUCAUCAGGCGGUGGUUUUAAACGGGACUAUGAGAGCGACCGGGAGAACCAGUCCCCAGAGAGAUACUUCCGGGACAAUCAACGGGGGCAAGAUUUUUCCAAGAGUUCCUUGCCAGAACGUGGACGCUUUGACAAGUGUCGGAUCAGGCCCUCGGCUUUCAAGGUAGUGUCUGGGAAGAGCAUGCUAUCCAUGCAGGGACUGUCAUCAGCCAAAGGGCAGAAGCUCUCAAAGAGCAAUGGAAGUCUCCACACAAUCUUGACACAGAGCAGCACUGGCAGCUCCUCACAGUGUGGUCCUCUGCGCAAUCACUUGCUGCAUACCAUCAGCCUGGAUGAGGGCACCAACUCUAUUCAAAGCUUUCCUACCUACAACCCCCGCUUCAAACCCACUCCAAACCAACUCAGUGCUUCUAUAGGUCACCUCAAUCACAUUGGUGGCUCAUUAGACCGGGCCUCUCGGAGUCCACGGGAUCCCUUAGCUGUAGAGAAAGCACCACUAUCUUGCAAGAGCCUGAGCCGGCUGCAGAGCUCUGGGGAGCCACCCCCACCUUAUGAGCCCACUUACUCCUUGGAAGGGGUGGUGAAGCAACUUGAGGACCGGCUGAGUGAGAAAGGCAUGGAGCUCCGCCAGCUAAAGAGGAACCUGAGUGAGAAUGAUGACCCCUUCACACAGAUGUUUGAAGACAAACAGCGUUUGUGGAUGGAUGAGCUGGAGGACCUGAAGCAGAUGUACCUGGCCAAACUGCAGCAAGUCAUGCAACAGGCUCAACGCAGCCAGCGGGCUCUUCAGCUACAGCUCUACAAAGCACAUCAGGAGAAGAAGCGGCUGCAAGAAGAGCUGGAUCUUCUUCAGAGCCAGUGUGAGGAGCUGAGGUUGCAGCAGAAUCAGGCAGAACGCCUGAGCCCCAAGUUGGAGGAGACCAAAUGGGAGGUCUGUCAGAAGACUGCAGAGAUUUCAUUGCUUAAGCAGCAGUUCCGAGAUGCUCAAGAGGAAAUGGCCCAGAAGCUGAGUGAAAUUUUCAGUUUGAAAACACAGCUGCGAGAAGCCCGAACAGAAUUGCACGCCAAGGACUCACAACUGGCACAACUGGGGGACUCUCUCCAACCCUUGCCAGAGCAUGGCUCCCCUCUUCCACCGAGGGACUCUCCUAUGCAGCCAUGCCAGGACUUCUUGGGUUGUGAAACAGAUGACUCUAAAUGUCGGGAAAAGCAGGGGGAGAAUGCAGAGAGCGCUGAAUGGCUAUGGGCAGAAUUGCUACGGGAGAGGCGCCAGGCCCAGCUGCAAGUGGCAGACUUUGAGCAAGAGCGGAAAACCUGGCGCGAGGAGAAAGAGAAAGUUCUGCGCUAUCAGCGAGAGAUUCAGGCCAGCUAUAUGGAGAUGUACCACCGGAAUCAGGCUCUGGAAAGGCAGCUGAGUGAAUUCCGGCAAUAUCAGGCUGAGCCCAGAGGCAUUAACUCAGAAUCACCUUGGAUUGAGAGAGUUGAGUCCUCAAAGAUCUGAAGAGUAUGAGAAAACAUUGAAGAGGCUUGUUAGUCUGGUUCAGAAGCCUCCUCCUGUAAUAAUAUAUUGGAGACUGCAGACUGUAGUCAUGGAAGGAAUGGGGUCCUAGCAUUACAUCUGGUAUUUUCUAUUUGUCCAAAUGGACUGUUGUUGGCCUGUCACAAGUGUCCUAGAGGGCAGGAUGCUUUCUUGUCAUGUCCUGUUUUGUGUCAACAUUGGCUCUACCUAUCAAGGUAGAAGGCUUAUCAUUGAGGAAUGUGAAUUACUAUAACUGGGAGCUACAACUACUCCUGAUAAGAUCUGACAGGGAAAACAAAUGAGUAUUGUGCUGCCAAUUAUUGGUUCCUUGUUGCUUUUGUCUCUUUAAUUUUGUUGUGCAGGAAAGAGAAGGUUGACAGCAACCCACCUGAAGCCUGUCCUGAAGAAUUUGUCUUUCAUCCAUUUGCCUUGUUUUCAAGCUGUGCAAAGUUUUGAAGAUCUAACAUGGUUGUUGUGUAUGCCUUACAUUGUGACUGAUGGAGAGUCUUCUGUGUUUGGCUCCAGAAAGCACAAGAAAAUGAAGCAUAAACCUCUGCCCUACUGGCUUCUAAGACAAAAAAUACCAAACAAACUUUGAAAGCCAAGCCAGUUCAGUACAACCACUCAAAAGGCUAUGAGAAAGUUACCUAAGCUGAGUCUUGCCUCAGUGAGCAUUGCUGAUUCCUGCAGUCUGUUGCUGCUUGGUACCCAAGUUCUGGAUUUGAAGGCUGUGCCAGAGUGGAGAGCUCUACAGUGGAAGUUCUACCUGGCAACUGCUAGAAUAAAGUAUCUGCCUGACA